CGGAUUCCCGCCAAAAAGAUCCCGGGCUGGAGAUGGUCUCUGCAAAACCGACGAGCGCCAAGAACCCUAAAAAUGUGUAUCACAUCGGAGGCCUCCAAGUGGAAUUUCCUUACCAUCCAUAUGGUUCUCAGUUUGCAUUUAUGGGUAGAGUCAUCUCUACCCUUAACCGGGCUCAGAGAGAAGGCCAUUGUCACGCAUUGCUCGAGUCUCCAACCGGUACUGGCAAGUCCCUUUCCCUUCUUUGUUCUUCCCUCGCUUGGCAGCAGAACUACAAGUUAAAUAAACAGCACACAAAUCUCUCUCACCUGAAACCCGCGCCAGAAGCAACGACAGACCCUCUUGUUUACGGUGGUGGAUUUGUUCCUGACGAGGUUUUUCCGACAUCAGAAAAUGUGGAGCUGCCAGAGUCUGGGGCUAACAAGAUGCAGAAGAAAAAGGCUGCACCCACUAUAUAUUAUGCUUCGAGGACACACUCACAAAUUUCUCAAGUAAUUCAUGAAUUGCGGAAAACAGCUUAUAGAGUGCCUAUGGCUGUGCUGGCAUCACGGAAGCAUUAUUGUACCAAUAAACAUAUACUAGCAAAAGAAAAUAUUGAUGAAGAAUGUAAACUACUUUUGAAAGAUCAGGCAAUAGGAUGCCCAGAAUUCAAAAAUGCGCAUAAAGUCAAAAGUCAUCCAUCCCUACAAAGAGGAGGAUGUUAUGAGGUACAUGAUAUAGAAGAUAUUGUGAAAGUUGGACAAGCAGUGAAAGGUUGCUCCUAUUAUGCAGCCCGCUCUAUGUCAGAUGAUGCGCAAUUGGUAUUUUGUCCUUAUAGUUACAUUAUCAAUCCAGUCAUCCGGGGAGCAAUGGAUGUAGAUAUUAAAGGAGCUAUUGUGAUUCUGGAUGAAGCCCACAAUAUAGAGGAUAUCACUCGCGAUGCUGGUAGUGUUGAUAUUGAAGAGGAUGUUUUGGAUAAGCUGCAAAUGGAGCUUCAACAACUUUGUCCUGUCAAUGCUUUGAUAUACCAACCUUUGUAUGAAAUGGUGCAGGGUCUUACAAGCUGGAUAGAACGUAGUAAAAAAAAACUAGAAAAGCGUGAUUUUCGGCACUAUGUAUCUUGUUGGACUGGGUCAAAUGCUUUAACAGAACUCCAAGAAGCAAAUAUUUCACGUCAGUGCUUCCCUAUCUUGCUAGAAUCUGCUACCAAGGCAAUCAAAGUUGCUUCAGACUUGGAGUUAGAUGUACCACAUUUAAGUGGCAUGUCAGUAAUGACACUAGAAGGCUUAUUCUCUUCACUAACAUAUUUCUUCUCAAGAAAUGGUUCUCACAUGCUGGAUUACCAGCUUGCUCUGCAGCGAAGUGUUAAGAAAGAAGCUGGAAGAUCUUUUGGAAAUUGGACCCACACUUUGAGUUUAUGGUGCUUGAAUCCAGCAGUUGUGUUUAGUGACAUUGCCAAUCUUUCUUUAUCGGUCAUUUUGACUUCUGGGACUUUGUCACCACUGAACUCCUUUUCUUCUGAGCUAGGAGUUCAGUUUGAAACUAGUCUGGAGGCUCCACAUGUAAUUGAUGUUGACUCUCAGGUAUGGCCUGCCGUAAUUUGUACUGGUCCAGGUAAUUAUCCUUUGAAUGCAAGUUAUAAAACAGCAGAUGUAUAUGCAUUCCAGGAUGCAGUUGGAAGAUCUUUAGAGGAAAUCUUCAAAAUUGUCCCUGGUGGCUGUCUGUUUUUCUUUCCAAGUUAUAAAUUAAUGGAGAAAUUAUGCAAUCGAUGGUCCGAAACAGGUCAAUGGUCUCAUCUAAAUGCAAAGGAAAAGUCACUUUUUGUUGAACCUAGAGGAGGAAGCCAAGAUGAUUUUGAUCUGGCUUUAAAAGGGUAUUAUGACUCAAUUCAUCUCCACACUUCACCUGCAUUGGGCAGGAAAAAAAGGGUUAAGAAUGUUGGCUAUAGUCACUUACAUGCAGUCAAUUCUCCACAAAAUUCUAAGAAAGGAGGAGCUGCUUUACUUGGCGUUUGUCGAGGAAAG